CUGGGGCCGGGCGGGCUGGCGGGCGGGCGGCGGCGGCGGCCAGGUGCGCAGCGAGCGCGCGGAGAGGCGCGCACCCGGCGGAUGCCCCAGCCGGGGCCCAGAGAGCGCCAGGUAGUUCCAAUCUGCCAGCAGAAUGAGUACAAAAAGAGACUCAGAAACGACAUUUGAGGAGGAUUCUCAACCUAAUGACGAAGUGGUUCCCUACAGUGACGAUGAAACAGAAGAUGAACUUGAAGACCAGGAACCUGAGGUUGAGCCCGUACAGAAUCGAGUCAACAGAGAAGCAGAGGAAAGACGGGAGACAUUCAAAAAAGAUUGUACAUGGCAAGUCAAAGCAAAUGAUCGAAGCUUCCACGAACAGCCUCAUUUUAUGAACACAAAGUUCUUUUGUAUUAAGGAGAGCAAAUACGCAACUAAUGCAAUUAAAACAUACAAGUAUAAUGCGUUUACCUUUCUACCAAUGAAUUUGUUUGAGCAGUUUAAGAGAGCAGCCAAUUUCUAUUUCCUGGUCCUUCUUAUCCUACAGGCAAUCCCUCAGAUCACGACCCUGGCAUGGUAUACCACCCUGGUGCCCUUACUUUUGGUGCUGGGCAUCACAGCCAUCAAAGAUCUGGUGGACGACGUGGCUCGCCAUAAGAUGGACAACGAGAUCAACAACAGGUCGUGUGAAGUCGUUAAGGAUGGCAGAUUCAAAAUUGCCAAGUGGAAGGAGAUUCAAGUUGGAGAUGUUAUUCGUCUGAAGAAAAAUGAUUUUGUUCCAGCUGAUAUCCUGCUUCUGUCCAGCUCUGAACCUAACAGCCUCUGCUAUGUCGAAACGGCUGAACUGGAUGGAGAAACCAAUUUAAAGUUCAAAAUGGCACUUGAAAUCACACACCAAUAUCUCCAAAAAGAAAAUUCAUUGGCAACAUUUGAUGGCUUUGUUGAAUGUGAAGAGCCCAAUAACCGGCUAGAUAAGUUUACAGGAACACUAUUUUGGAGAAGCACAAGUUUUUCUUUGGAUGCUGAUAAAAUUUUGUUACGUGGCUGUGUUAUUAGGAACACCGAGUUCUGCCAUGGAUUGGUCAUUUUUGCAGGUGCUGACUCUAAAAUAAUGAGGAAUAGUGGGAAAACCAGAUUUAAAAGAACUAAAAUUGAUUACUUGAUGAACUACAUGGUUUAUACGAUCUUUGUGGUCCUUAGCCUGCUUUCUGCUGGUCUUGCCAUUGGCCAUGCUUACUGGGAAGCUCAAGUUGGCAAUUAUUCUUGGUACCUCUAUGAUGGAGAAGACUCUACUCCCUCCUACCGUGGAUUCCUAAAUUUCUGGGGCUACAUAAUUGUUCUAAACACCAUGGUGCCCAUCUCUCUCUAUGUCAGCGUGGAAGUGAUCCGUCUUGGACAGAGUUACUUCAUCAACUGGGACCUGCAGAUGUACUACCCUGAGAAGGACACACCCGCAAAGGCGAGAACCACCACGCUGAAUGAGCAGCUGGGGCAGAUCCAUUACAUUUUCUCUGAUAAGACGGGGACACUCACACAAAAUAUCAUGACCUUUAAAAAGUGCUGCAUCAACGGACAAGUAUAUGGAGACAAUCGGGAUGCUUCUCAGCACAAUCAUAGCAAAAUAGAGGAAGUUGAUUUUAGCUGGAAUAUAUAUGCUGAUGGGAAGUUUGAGUUUCAUGACCAUUAUCUCAUUGAGCAAAUCCAGUCAGGGAAAGAGCCGGAAGUGCGACAGUUCUUCUUCCUGCUUGCAGCUUGUCACACGGUCAUGGUGGACAGAAUUGAUGGUCAGCUCAACUACCAGGCGGCCUCUCCUGAUGAAGGCGCUCUGGUCAGCGCCGCCAGGAACUUUGGCUUUGCCUUCCUCGCCCGGACCCAGAACACGAUCACCAUCAGUGAGUUGGGCACUGAGAGGACCUACAACGUUCUUGCCAUUUUGGACUUCAACAGUGACCGCAAGCGAAUGUCUAUCAUUGUAAGAACCCCGGAAGGCAAUAUCAGGCUGUAUUGUAAAGGUGCUGACACUGUCAUUUAUGAACGGUUACAUCGAAUGAGUCCGAUAAAACAAGAGACGCAGGACGCCCUGGACAUUUUUGCAAGUGAGACUCUUAGGACCCUGUGCCUUUGCUACAAGGAAAUUGAAGAAAAAGAAUAUGAAGAAUGGAAUAAAAAGUUUAUGGCUGCCAGUGUGGCUUCAAACAACCGGGAUGAAGCCCUUGAUAAAGUAUAUGAGGAGAUUGAAAAAGACUUAAUUCUAUUGGGAGCUACAGCUAUUGAAGACAAGUUACAGGAUGGAGUCCCAGAAACCAUCUCAAAACUUGCAAAAGCUGACAUUAAGAUCUGGGUGCUUACUGGAGACAAAAAGGAAACUGCUGAAAAUAUAGGAUUUGCUUGUGAACUGCUAACUGAAGACACCACUAUCUGCUAUGGGGAAGACAUAAACGCUCUUCUUAACACGAGGAUGGAAAACCAGAGGAAUAGAGGUGGAGUCUAUGCAAAAUUUGCACCCCCUGUGCACGAACCCUUUUUUCCUUCCGGCGGAAACCGGGCCUUAAUCAUCACUGGUUCUUGGUUGAAUGAAAUUCUUCUCGAGAAAAAGACCAAGACAGGUAACAUUCUGAAGCUGAAGUUCCCAAGGACAGAAGAAGAAAGACGAAUUCGGACGCAAAGCAAAAGGAGGCUGGAAGCUAGAAAAGAACAGCGGCAGAAGAACUUUGUUGACCUGGCCUGUGAGUGCAGCGCUGUCAUCUGCUGCCGGGUCACCCCCAAGCAGAAGGCCAUGGUGGUAGACCUGGUGAAGAGGUAUAAGAAAGCCAUCACACUGGCAAUCGGAGACGGGGCCAACGACGUAAACAUGAUCAAAACUGCCCACAUUGGUGUUGGAAUAAGUGGACAAGAAGGCAUGCAAGCCGUCAUGUCAAGUGACUAUUCCUUUGCUCAGUUCAGAUACCUGCAGAGAUUGCUGUUGGUGCAUGGCCGGUGGUCUUACAUACGGAUGUGCAAGUUCCUACGAUACUUCUUUUAUAAAAACUUUGCAUUUACUCUGGUUCAUUUCUGGUACUCCUUCUUCAAUGGGUACUCUGCACAGAUUGCAUAUGAAGACUGGUUCAUCACCCUCUACAACGUGCUGUACUCCAGCUUGCCCGUGCUGCUCAUGGGGCUGCUCGACCAGGAUGUGAGUGACAAACUGAGUCUGCGGUUCCCUGGGUUAUAUGUAGUGGGACAGAGAGACUUACUGUUCAACUAUAAGAAAUUCUUCAUAAGCUUGCUGCAUGGGAUCUUAACAUCGAUGAUUCUCUUCUUCAUACCUCUUGGAGCUUACCUACAAACCAUGGGACAGGAUGGAGAGGCGCCGUCAGACUACCAAUCUUUUGCUGUCACAAUUGCCUCUGCUCUCGUGAUAACAGUCAAUUUCCAGAUUGGCUUGGAUACUUCCUAUUGGACUUUUGUGAAUGCUUUUUCAAUUUUUGGAAGCAUUGCACUAUAUUUUGGCAUCAUGUUUGACUUUCAUAGUGCUGGAAUACAUGUUCUCUUUCCAUCUGCAUUUCAAUUUACAGGCACAGCUUCAAAUGCUCUAAGACAGCCAUACAUUUGGUUGACCAUCAUUUUGACUGUUGCAGUGUGCUUACUGCCCGUGGUUGCGAUCCGUUUCUUGUCAAUGACCAUUUGGCCAUCAGAAAGUGAUAAGAUUCAGAAGCAUCGCAAGCGGUUAAAAGCGGAAGAGCAGUGGAAGCGGCGGCAGAACGUGUUCCGUCGUGGCGUGUCCUCGCGGCGCUCGGCCUACGCGUUCUCCCACCAGCGGGGCUAUGCGGACCUCAUCUCCUCCGGGCGCAGCAUCCGCAAGAAGCGCGCUCCGCUGGACGCAAUCAUAGCCGAUGGGACUGCGGAAUACAGGCGAACUGUGGAGAGCUGAUGCCCUGGCCUCAAACGGGCCUGCAGCGAAACAAUCACACAAAGGAAAUGUCUAUUUUUUUUUACGAAACUCUCAGGUCUAUUUUUUUAAAAAUUGACUUUGUCACAGGAUGUUGAAGACAUAACCUUGAUUAACAAAGUUACUCCUUGGGUUGGACUAUUAAGCAAUAGCAAAGCCAAGAAUACCUUUUUAAAAGUCCUGUUAUUCAACUGUUUAUGUUCAUGAUGAUUCAAAGGGAACAUUUUAACCUAGACUCCAUCUAGGACAACGGAAUUAGAAAACGUCUUAUAUUUCAAUUCAAAUGGUAGUGCAUUAUAAAAUCACAAUUAGAUUUUCCAGUCGGGGAUCUGCAACACAAAUUUCCCAGAAGCUCCUUUUUCCCCUGUAGGCCACCUUUUAACAAAGAUCUUUUGUUUAUGAUGGUAAUGAGAAAAGAUUCGUGAACAUUCAUCACCUGGAAGCUAAGUCGUCCUGUGGUUUUUUCAGAAUUGACAGUGGGCUACGUGAUUCACGUUCCCAUAUUGCUUUAAUAAUUCGGUUCAGUCAAGGACUAUUACUUCAAAUUUCCUAAGUACAAGGUUUCAGUCUGUUUCGGUUUACUAUGAGGUUAAAAUAGCACAUUAAAAACGUUUACUCUUACUCUCGAAUAUUAUUUUAGCCACUUCCCUGUAGUAGCAGGUGAGUUUAUUCCCUACUUUCAUUAAAAAUGCAUUUAAGUAUUUAUGGGCUUUUUAAAAAAAGUUUUUAAAAACUGAGGAUAUCAGUGAUAAAUUGCAGAAUAUUUUACAAAGCUUUCUUUUGAAAAGCAAACUUUGUGCCUGCCUAUGUGUAAAGUAUUUUAUAAGGGACUCGAACAGAGACCUCACUCUUUCUCACUUGUGCUAUGCCUUGCGAAAAAACUGUUUGUUGGCAGCCACAUUUCUAAGACUGAGGCAGAAGUUAUUUUUCCAGAGGCUUUUCUCAUUCUGUGUUUUUCACACAGUUUCCAUAUUUCAGUGAAGAUGUAGAAGUGUUUUCAGUAACUCUUUUCUUUACCGUUAGACUGCGAAUGUUCACAAUAUCUGUCCUAUUGAAUUCCUAUGAGGAAAUCUCAGCAUGUACAUAGUUCAUUUUCUAGGUAUGAUAAAAGAAUGUAUGGCUCUUUAUGGACGCAAAUUUCUGAAAGUUUACAACUUUAUCUUGUAAAUAAGAACAAUUGUAAGUUGUUUUUGUGUGUAAAGAAAAUUUAGCUUGUGUAAUUCUGUCAGUUUCAGAUUUCUCUCCCGUUUUGCGAAUUGUGGGAAAGGUCGACAAUGCAAAUGUGUCAAAGACUUACAUUGCUGGGUGCAAUAUUAACAAUUUUAAAAUGCAAAUUGCUUUCGAUAAAUUAUUUCUACAUUCUGUAAAUCUGAGAUUUAAUGUAUAUUUUUGUUUAAAAAAUAAAUGCUUUAGUAAAAUCUU